UGUGAGCCAGAGCAACGAACAGCCGCUUGUUGCUUUAGCUGCUCAAGAAGUACGCUGGGAUAGCUUGUGAUAUCGAUUUACUCAUUCGCUUUUAUAGUCAUAUUCGCUGCGACGUUUCAUCGGGUACUGCCGGUGAAUUUAAGAGAGGUCUUAUCCAUUAGUACGCAUACAGUUUUGUAGGUUGGUUUAGGUGGCUUCGUGCAUGCAACCUUCUGGAUGGAUCCUUAUCGCUAGUUUGUGCACAUCAGUCGAUCGACAGUUUGGUUGGUUAAGGUUUGCAACAUGUUGAAAUAACAGCAGGAGCAGCACUGCAUCUGCAAAGUAAGCGCGGCUUUCUUGCGACUUUUUGGGGAUAUAUCAGGCGAAGUGCGUGUGCUUUUAAAGUGAGCUUAAUGCCAUUUACGAGAGGAAAUAAAAAAGGCUGACUGGAUCCUGUAAAGUGAAUCAAUGUGGUGUCAUCAGUGUAAUGCAUAAAUGUAAUUACAGGCAGACUCAGUUUAUUCAUAAACCCAUAAUGACGUGUGUGCAGUGAUCGCGCGCAGUACCUGCAUUUAACUGUUCAUGAAAAGCGCAUUAUUUGGCGACAUCACCGGGAACUUUCGACUGGAUGUAAUGCACGCGUUGUAACGCUGUUCUCAUUCAUAAGAGUUCAACUUUGCGGAACGGAGCGCGCGCGUUACCUGGAAUGGACGCCGGUGGAUCUGAUCCCACAGAGAGACAGUUCACAGGUCUGCCUCAAGCACACAGAGCCGGGAGACACAACACGGCAGCGGAGGAGGACAGUGUUUACUCGGGAGGCGACGCUUCCCGCACUGGCCCAACAGCACUUCUCGCAUGCGUGGACGAGAAUGCCAUCAUGUGUGAUCCUAAGAGCUCUGCCGCCAAGAUUUUGACCCGCUUCUCCGGGAGGAAUGUCUGCGGGAAUGGAAAGAGAAAGUUUGCGUUGUGCACUUGGAGUUGGUGGGCGUUUUUCUGCCUGCACGUCCACGUGUUGAGAGCGGUCACACAAGGUGAUGUGGCCCCCUACUUCAAAACGGAGCCAGGACCUCCAGAGAUCCACCUAGAAGGAACCGCCUGGUCAUGACCUGCCUG